CUCUCUCUCUCUCUCUACCCGCUUCGAAGCUGAACCGCAACCCGACCCGUAAACGCGACGGACCACCACCGUCACCCGCCUCCGCCAUAGCCCGGCACCUCUCAUUCACCCGAAACACACAGACAACGCCGUCUCUAUAUCUCUUAUCAGUUCUUCAUCCUCCCCUCCGCUUAUUUCCAGAGCGAUUCUGAGGCUCUGAGCACCGGCUGGCUCUUUGCUCCCACUCCCAUUCUCGGAGCUGGGAAAUGCAAGCUCGGAGCUGCUCUAUUUUUGCGGGAGCACAAAAUUCAGCAAUACAGCCUGGUUGGGCCUCUAAAUGGUUGGAGAGAUGACAUCACUUCGCUCAUCUGGAUAUGUUGAUCCUGGUUGGGAGCAUGGUGUUGCUCAAGAUGACAAGAAAAAGAAAGUCAGAUGUAAUUACUGUGGGAAGGUAGUCAGUGGUGGGAUAUAUAGAUUGAAGCAACAUUUAGCUCGGCUCUCUGGUGAAGUCACCUAUUGUGACAAGGCUCCAGAGGAGGUCCGCUUCAAGAUGAGAGAAAAUCUAGAAGGGUGUCGUUUCAGUAAGAAACUUAGACGUGUUGAAUAUGAUGAACAAACAUAUUUGAAUUUCCAUGUUAGUGAUGAUGCAGAAGACGAGGAUCAGAUAGGAUACAAGAAUAAAGGAAAGCAAUUGGCUAAUGACAAGGGUUUGGUUAUAAAUUUGACUCCUCUGAGGUCACUAGGAUACGUUGAUCCUGGGUGGGAACACGGUGUUCCUCAGGAUGAGAGGAAAAAGAAGGUAAAAUGCAAUUAUUGCGAAAAAAUAGUCAGUGGUGGUAUAAACCGUUUCAAACAACAUCUAGCAAGAAUCCCAGGGGAAGUUGCACCUUGUAAAAAUGCACCUGAAGAAGUAUAUCUUAGGAUAAAAGAAAAUAUGAAAUGGCACCGCACAGGAAGAAGGCAUAGGCGACCUCAUACUAAAGAGUUAUCAGCCUUCUAUAUUAACUCAGAUAAUGAAGAUGAAGAUGAAGAUGAAGACCAUGAAGAAGAGGCAGUACAUCACAUGAGCAAUGAGAAGCUUUUAAUUGGAGAUAAAAGAAUCAACAGAGACUCGGGGAGGCUUUUUAAAGGGACGUCUUGUAGUAGUGUGUCUGAACCAUUACUGAAAAGAUCAAAGUUUGACACAUUUGGGGCAAGGACACCAAAGACACCAAUUCAAGCACCUGGAAAAAAAGUAAAAACAGGUUCUAACAAAAAAUCCCGCAAGGAGGUCAUGUCUGCAAUUUGUAAGUUCUUCUAUCAUGCUGGAGUUCCUCCUCAUGCAGCAAACUCUCCCUAUUUCCAUAAAAUGCUGGAGUUGGUUGGUCAGUAUGGACAGGAUUUGGUAGGUCCUUCAAGCCAAGUGCUAUCUGGAAGGUUUCUACAGGAUGAAAUUUUGACAAUUAAGAAUCAUCUUGCUGAGUAUAAAUCUUCCUGGGCAGUCACAGGUUGCUCUAUUUUGGCUGAUAGUUGGCAAGAUACACAGGAUAGGACAUUAAUCAAUAUUUUGGUUUCUUGUCCUCGCGGGAUGUACUUCGUUUGUUCUGUUGAUACCACUGAUGUUGUUGAGGAUUCAACAUAUCUAUUUAAGCUUCUUGAUGGAGUGGUGGAAGAUAUGGGUGAGGAAAAUGUUGUGCAGGUGAUCACUCAGAAUACACCAAGCUAUCAAGCUGCAGGGAAGAUGCUUGAAGAAAAAAGAAGUAAUUUGUUUUGGACUCCUUGUGCUUCAUAUUGUAUUGAUAGAAUGCUUGAAGACUUUUUGAAGAUAAAAUGGGUUGGUGAAUGCAUGGAAAAAGGACAGAAGAUCACAAAAUUCAUUUACAACCGGUUCUGGUUGUUAAAUCUUAUGAAAAAGGAAUUUACAGCGGGACAGGAACUUCUGAAACCCUCUUUCACCCAAUUUUCUUCAAGUUUUACUACUGUCCAGAGUUUGCUGGAUCAGAGGAAUUGUAUUAAGAAAAUGUUUCAAUCAAACAAAUGGCUUUCAUCUAGGUAUUCGAAAUCAGAUGAGGGUAAAGAGGUUGAAAAAAUUGUUCUGAAUGCAGCAUUUUGGAGGAAGAUGCAGUAUGUGAGGAAAUCAGUUGACCCUAUCUUGGAAGUGCUUCACAAUAUCAAUAGCAAUGAUAGCCAUACAAUACCCUUUAUCUACAAUGACAUGUACCGAGCAAAACUUGAAAUCAAAGCUAAUCACAAUGAUGACAUGCGUAAAUACCAACUCUUUUGGGAUGUGAUAGACAGUCACUGGAAUUUAUUAUCUCACCACCCUCUCUACCUGGGUGCUUACUUUUUGAAUCCUUCAUACCGGUAUCGCCCUGAUUUUAUUCCGCAUCCAGAGGUUAUACGUGGACUGAAUGCUUGCAUUGUUCAACUGGAACCAGACAACCACCGAAGAAUUUCUGCAUCCAUGCAGAUAUCUGAUUUUAACUCUGCUAAAGCUGAUUUUGGCACGGAUUUGGCAAUUAGUACCAGAAUGGAACUUAAUCCAGCUGCAUGGUGGCAACAGCAUGGGAUAAAUUGUUUAGAGCUGCAGCGUAUAGCUGUACGAAUACUUAGUCAAACUUGCUCAUCUUUUGGGUGUGAGCAUAACUGGAGUAUUUAUGAUCAAGUGCACAGUCAAAGGCAUAACUAUUUGGCGCAGAAAAGAUUGAAUGAUGUUAUCUAUGUCCAUUAUAACCUGCGACUUAGGGAACGACAGAGGAGGAAGAUGUCCAGUGAUCCAAUUAUCCUUGAUAGUGUGCUGCAAGAAAGUCUGUUAUAUGACUGGACUGUAGAGUCAGAGAAACAAGUCCUUCAAGAAGAUGAGGAAGUUCUUUAUAGUGAAAUGGAUCUUGGUGAAUAUGAUAAUGAUUUCAUGGAGCAUGAAGGUGGAAACGGCGAGUGUAGCAAGGGGUCAAUGGAAAUGGUGACUCUAGCUGGCAUUGCCGGACCUCUGGAAGUUAAUCCUGGGAGAGCAAGUGAUGAUGAUGAUGAUGCUGAUCUCAAUUUUCUAGAUGAUGAUAUAAGCGAGUAGUAUCUACCCUUUCAACUGACAUCAUGAGAUCGGUAUCCAGCUUCCAACUCAAACCCAAACAGGAAUGAUUUGGUAGUUGAAUUCGUUUGGUAACACCCUUGUCUAGAAAGUCUUACAUUGCCUACCCAAUGAAGUCCAAUAUCACCCAUAGAGGAGAGAAGAAACCGGCAAGUCGAAGCUCACAUUUAGAGGUCCAAUUUUGGACUAUAAAGUUGGCAGCUAUUUAGAGAGCCUUGUUUUCAGUCACCUGAAGAGGAAACGUGCAAAGCUCCUGGAAAUAUGAUGAGUGCAUGCAUGAGAGUUUUUUGUUGGAGAUGUGGCCUGUAUGCAAGGGAGAUGAUUACCUUUAAAAAAAUUGCAUGAAAGAAACAAAGAAAGAAAGCUUGUAGAAGAAGAAUACAGAGAGGUAUGCUCCCUGGUUUUGUUGUUGUAAUAACCUGUGAAUUCAACUCUCCCAAGCUUUGAAGAAUAACGAGGCUGCUGACAUGCUUAUGCUGUCAUUACUUUUGCUUGCAAUGCAAACCCAGUUCACCAUAAA